AAGUCUGACUUCCUGCGCAUGCGCAGACUACACCGCGGUACAUCGCGAACUGAUAGACGUGCGUAGGUACAUGCGGAGGAUUAUUUACGUCUUGAAGUAAUACCGCCAAGCUGCUGAAAUGGAAAUAUUCGAUGAUGACAGAAGUAUUCCCCUGAAAGAAGGCUUGGACCUUGCGGAUCUUCAGGAUCCCACUAAAGGCGCGGUCUUUGAAUUAGACCAAGAGGAGAUUCCUAAAGGAGAUGAAUGUGAAACCAAAAAUAACUACUUCAACAAGCAUGAUGUCUAUGACAAUAUUCUCAAAUAUGAUGAAGAGGUUUUCGCUGCAAUGGAUGAUGGGCGGGAGCCAUUUGAAGUCAUGCAGAACAGUAUGGAGGACAUCUCAGGUGAUGGGGGCGUCUUCAAAAAAGUUUUGCGGCCAGGUGCUGGCCCUGUAGUACCUAGGAACUCCCUGGUGAGAGUUCAUUACAAUGCUUAUAAAGAAGGUGAAGAGGAGCCCUUUGAUUCCUCAAGACUUCGCACUGAGGUUGACAAGUUUCACUUGUUUAGAGACAGCAGAGUUUUGGGAUUUCAUGUGGCAGUCAGCACAAUGAAGAAAGGCGAGAUUUCCCGCUUUCUCUUCAAACCCACGUACUUCUAUGGAGCCAUGGGUUGUGGUCAAAGAAUUCCACCUAAUUGUACAGCUUUGUUUGACAUUGAGCUGCUGAGUUUUGUGGAGAACAAUGGAGUGGAGGAUUACUACAGCAAGACAGAGGAAGAGAGGAGACUGAUGCCUUUUGAAGAAAUUGCUAAAGUAGCCAAAGCCGAACGACUGGAAGGGAAUGAACGUUACAAUCAAAAUACAUUUGGAAAAGCUCUUUCAAGUUACAAGAAAGCAUUAAGAAUUCUUGAAGAUUGUCAUUUAAAAAAUGAGGAAGAAGAAAAAGAAUGCAUAAGGCAGCAGAUAAGGGUGAACCUGAACAUUGCCCAGUGUCUCCUGAACUUAAAUGACUAUCCCCGAGUCAUCAUGCACUGCAAUAAAGUUUUGCAUCAUGAAACACAUGAUGAUCCAGAAAAAUUCUUCUCUAAAGCCAACUUUCGGAAAGCAAAAGCCUUUCAACAGCAAGGGAGAUUUGAUGAGGCCGAAAAAUUUUAUUUUCGAGCACGCAGAACAAACCCGUCCUGCAAGGAAAUUGGAGAAGCUUUGAAGAAAUUGGAGCAGCAAAAGAGAAAAUAUCAGCUUGAUGAAAAAGAGAUUUGUCUUCGAAUGUUUAGAGGCCUACGCAGCACUGAUGCAGAAGAAGAAACCCAGUCAGAGAUAAAACAAAAUGAGGAAAAUAUCACGGAAGAAUUUGUAAACAGUGUCAAGAAUGCAGUCAGGAGGUUUGUAAAUAACGGCGACGAGACAGAGAUGCUCUUCCCAAAUGUGCAGCUGACACCAGGUGAGGUUGAGUGCAUUUUGGAGAUUGCUGUUGAUGAGGGCUUAGCUGUACAGCGACGAGGGACGGGUAACAGUGUGAGGAUAGCGCUGAUGAAAAAGACGAAGAGAUAAAAAUGUGCCCCCCAAAAUAGAUGUUAUUCAAAAUAAACAUUGGUUUUUUUUUAAUUUUUAAAAUGUGAUUUGUAUUGUCUUUUAAUAAAGUUUAAAUUUGAA